AUUGCGCCCAUUGCCAGCUGCUCUAGAUGUCCUAGCGACGUCGCUCUAGUCACUCAUUUGCAACAACAGCUGGGCUGGACGAGACGGUUGCCGUUGAGCGGAUACCCUACCUAAUAAUACCCAACAAAAACUCGCCAUGGGGUGCUGCGGUGAUCGCGAGAAGGGACUCACUGUCACCGAAGAGCAGAAGUGGGACUACAUUACACUCUCUGAUUUCAAGUCCACCUCUUGCCUUGCCCCAUUAUCCUACGGCUGGCUAUGGAUUCUUGUCCUCGUCUCCAUCGCCGUUUAUGUUGCUGAUGCGUUCACUGCCAUCAGUCUCCUCGCCUUCAACAAGUGGUCAAGUCAGGUCAAGCCCAAAAUCGAAUUCGACAUCGCCAAGUGGAUCUUCGCCAUAUGCAUUAUCAUCUCCUAUGUUUUCCUAGCAUACCGAUGGAUGAGGGCAAUCCGCGUCAUGCGCUCUGGUGGUAUCGUGGAAAGCUAUCUGGAACCGCUCGCAGCCAUCUACCAGUGCAUGCGCAUCACAAAGAGCGGCCAAGGAUGGAGGAGAUUCUUAGUCUUCACCGAGUUGACGAGGAGUAAGAAGGGCGUUGACUAUAUUGCCCUAUUCGUCUACUUCCAAUUCAAAGGUGCUCUGAUCAUUGUUGUUGCCCAAGGCCCUCGCAUCGUCAUCAACGCCUUCACUCUCUGGGCCGUCAUGGAAGCCCAGAUCAUCCCCACCGGCGAUCACGCAGCUCCCAAGGACCGAUCGCCUGUGGCUCAAUUUUUCAUUAAUAUCGAAAACAUGGCUGCUACUGGAAACAAACAAGAAACAAUCAUCUACUUCACCAUGUUGUUUUCUUUGGUCAUUUGGGUCAUAGCAGCACUCUCUUUACUCUUCUCCGUCAUUUUCUACAUCUUCUUUUUGUGGCAUAUCAUUCCAAGUUCAGAUGGACGCCUAUCCAAGUAUUGCCGCAGGAAAAUUGAGGGCCGACUGGAGAGAAUCGUGAGCAAGAAAGUCAGGAAGGCACUAGAAAAGCAAGACCUUAAACGCAGGAAGGAAGAGCAAAAGUCCACAAAGAAAGGAGAUGCUCCCUCGCAACGAGUGCCGACAUUACCAAAGGUUGGAGGACCAGACGAUGACACCUCUUCGGUAUUCUCGAUGGCGAGAUCUGACACUCUGAGUACAACUACAACACUACCCUCCUACUCUUCGAACGGACCUUCUCGGAUGAACACUACCAGCACCACAAGGACAGGUGGAAUGAAACAGCCUUCUUUGCCGUCUUUGUUUGAACGACCGGCGCCAUCCCGGACAAACACUGAGGCUUCUGCCUAUUCAAAUGCGAGCUACAGCUCCAAUGCCCCGCUCCUAGGCCAGCCGGGGAGCAUGGGUCUGUCCUCACCAAUACCGCCGAUGCCACCCGUCGAUCGGAAUGCUGAUUACUUCAACCCACAUGGAAACCGACCGGUACCCCAAGGUCUACCAUCGCGGCCGUACUCUCCAAUGUCUCAAGGUCGAGCAUCCCCCCGACCACCUCGAAGCCCCCUUCCCCCAGUUAACACUGAUUACUACGAGGGUCGUGUGUCUCCUUCUCCCCAGCUGAUUUCCCCUCUGCCGAGUGAUCCCCGUGGUCCGCCACCAUCUCGUGGGAACACAAGCUUUAGCCCCAACGGCCGAAUGCCCGGCCCUGGCAGGAAUUUCGGCGCCCCGCGCAGUGACCGUACUUUCUCCCCAUAUGACAACCGAGGCCCAAUCAUAGGGCCGGCAUACGAGAUGUCACCUGUAGAUAUGACGCCUGUGGACAACAAAGUGCAGCAUUCAUACUCGGGCUCCAACGGCUCAGAUGAAUACAGAGCUCCUCAACUACCGUCUGCGCUUCGUCCUGGAUCUCCAGCACAGACUCAAGCAAUGAACAACAAUUUUGCUUCACCACCUCCCCCACGCUCUAUCACUGUACCACCAACGAAUCCUCGUGCUGGACUGCCCGCUGCUUUACAGUCAGCCAUUCAGCGCCGCGAGGCUUCUAACCCGCUACCAAACCGGAACAUGAACGGGUCUGUACCACAACAACGCAGUGCCACGGCACCCAUUCAACAACCUGGAUGGGGUCAAGGUCCAGCCCCAAGGUCCAACACCACUCGCCCUGGGCCAACAAGCGGAUAUCCAGCCCACGGAAUGGGGCAGCCAAGGGGCAGUGAGGAUGGAUGGUAGCACACAUGAACUAAUUUCAAAAGAUGAAUCUUUGGGGGUGAAUGUGUAGCGGAUGGAUUUUCCUUUUUGUAAUGACGACUUGAUAC